GGCUUGGCAAUCCUGGAAUAACUACAUGGAAACUGGAACUCAAUGCGAUUAGUUGAUGUGACUUCCAUCCCACUGUCUCCCUAUCAUCUUAACGUGCAAACACUGUCAAUCAACGAAUACACGAUGAAAGCUCAACGAGGAGAAAGAGGUACCGCCACGAUGGAUAUUGCACCAUCAUGGGGUCUAUAUAAGGAUAGAGCUCGUCGCUGCUCUUUCCAAUGAAAUAAUAUUAAUUCAUCAACACAUCUACUACUAGAAUUAACUCUCUCAUCAAAUCGUAUACCUUCAACUUAACCAACCACUCCAAUAAUCAAUUCACCAUCAAUCAAAAUGAAGACCGUCGCAGCUCUCUCUUCCCUCCUACUCCUCGGAGCCACCUCCGUCUCUGCCGCCCCCGUUACCGAGAGGCAAGCACAGGCUCCCACUGAGCUGGACAUCACCAAGUUCAGCGCCAACACUCAACCCCACGGCUCCGGUGCCUUUAUCUCCUUCAAUGUUGCCGUCCCCGGUACCUCAGUAUCCACUACUUGCAAGUACUCGGACUUCACCUCCGACUCUUCGCUACCCUCAGUGUCCCUACGCGCCUGCGACGAUGCGGCCGUCGAAUGGCAGUUCCGCCAAGACCCGUCGCAGCCUGGCACCGAGGGUGACUACCGUGUCGUCGUCCUCUACACUUACGACGGUGCUAAGAAGGUCGCUGGUUACCACGAGUGGCCCGCCACCGACUUCCCCCUCGAGAGCUUCGGCUCCACCUCCGAGACCAUCUACCGCGGCAACACUGACUUCGUCAUGACCAACCUGUCUUAAGGGACUAGAUGGGUUGUGCCUGUUGAACUCGAGGAUGGCGAUUGUUUUAGAUUAUAGACCUCAAAAACUGCUCGGGAUCAAUUAGAGUGGGCGUUCGAUUCGGAAAAGGAGGGGUUGAUGCAGUGAAGCAAUUCCGACAUCACCGAAACGAUCAUUAGUAAUAAUUGCUUUUUUAUUUUCUCUUUUCA